UACCAUCCAUCUUUAUCUUCUUCACAUCAUUUAAAUUUGAAAUAUUAACCUCGACGAUCGAUAAAACUAAUUACAUGCAUAGGGGAGACAAGCGCGUAGACUUUUUCGUUAUACGUCAAUUAAUUCUAUAAUUACGUAUUGCUCAUGAUUUAUUUGCAAUGUCAAAUUAUAUUUCCAAAGAAUAAAUUUGUCUUAUUUUUCGUUACAAGUACAAUGACUCCCAUAUGAAAAUACAAACUUCAAUAACGAGAAAUAUCUUCGAUUAUAGAUCUCUCGUUUUGAGGUUAUCACUUAUGAUAUUUAAAUUUUAUUAUUGAGGAUAAUAAGCUAUUGUUGGCUUCGUUAGAUUGAAAAAUUAAAUGUUUCUGUGUUAAUGGUUAAUAAUAACAUUAAAUUAAGUAAAAAUGGUGAAAAAAUGUGAUAUUGUGUGGAAUUAUUAUAACAAAAAAAUCGAUGGUUCUCAAGUUAUUGCUUUUUGUAAAUAUUGUGAUCGUUCCUAUAAACAAAAUGCAGCGCGUAUGGAAAGACAUUUAGAACGUUGUGAAAAGUGUCCAGAAGCAAUUAAACGACAAUUUAUACAAGUAAGAAAUGAUAAAAAAAACAAAGCUAAUACUCUUGGCAUUAAAAUUAAUGAAAAACAACAAAAGCAAGAAUCUUCGAUGGAACGUGUUACUGACAUAGAGUUGGAAGAUCUAAAAGAUUGGUAUUAUAAAAAUCGCUAUUACAUGGAUGAAAUAUCAGAAACAAUUCAGCGCGACGAAAAAGUAAUAGUACAAUCGAAGGAUAAAUCACACACGAAUCAUAACACUAAUGUUCAAAGUGUCAAAAGUGAUACAAAUGCAACUGUAAAAGCUAAAGACAUGACACAAACUAAUAUAAAGAUAGCUAAAAUUGAUGAAUCCAAAGAACAUAAAAGUUCUGUUCGUCAUAAAAAAUUCCUACCAUCGAGAAGAAUUUCACGAUGGCCACUUCUGUCUAUGCGUGAUACUACAUAUUCAUCUAUACAAAGUAAAAUAUAUCAAGAACGAUUAUUGGAGAGCCAGGCAUUAAGGAAAUCUGCUGAAUUGGAGCUACGCCGUAAAACUUUGGAAUUGGAAAAAUUUCAAUGGGAAUACGAAAGAGACAAAACUCAAAGUGAAAUACGUUGGGCUUAUGAAAUGCGAAUGAUGCAAUUACAAGAGGAACAUGAAAGGAGAAUAAUCGAGCAAAACAAAAUUUGAGGAUAUUAAUUUAUAAUUUAUCUAAUAAAAAUGAAUGCUAUUAAUAUAAUAUUGAUUCAUUAUAAUUCUUACUUCUGUAAAGUAUUUUUCUGAAUUUAUGAAGAUUAUUUAAAAUUAAACAAACUCGUA